CAAGUCUCUCUUUCUCUCUAACAACAACAACAAUGGCGAUGGCGAGUUUAGCUAGGAGGAAGGCGUACUUUCUCACCAGAAACUUAUCCAACUCUCCCACUGACGCACUCAGAUUCUCCUUUUCCCUUUCCCGUGGCUUCGCCUCAUCAGGAUCUGAUGAAAACGACGUCGUCAUCAUCGGCGGCGGUCCCGGCGGUUACGUAGCCGCGAUCAAAGCCGCUCAGCUUGGUCUCAAAACCACCUGUAUCGAGAAACGCGGCGCUCUCGGUGGUACUUGUCUCAACGUCGGUUGCAUUCCUUCGAAGGCUCUUCUUCACUCUUCACAUAUGUACCAUGAGGCGAAGCAUUCGUUCGCUAACCACGGUAUUAAGGUCUCUUCGGUUGAGGUGGAUCUUCCUGCUAUGUUAGCUCAGAAAGAUAAUGCGGUUAAGAACCUUACUCGUGGUAUCGAAGGUUUGUUCAAGAAGAAUAAGGUGACUUAUGUUAAGGGAUAUGGUAAGUUUAUUUCCCCAAAUGAAGUCUCGGUGGAGACGAUCGAUGGAGGAAACACUGUUGUGAAAGGUAAACACAUCAUCGUUGCUACUGGCUCGGAUGUUAAGUCUUUGCCUGGUAUUACGAUUGAUGAAAAGAAGAUUGUUUCGUCGACUGGAGCGUUGUCUCUAUCGGAAGUUCCGAAGAAAUUGAUUGUGAUUGGUGCGGGGUAUAUUGGGCUUGAGAUGGGUUCUGUUUGGGGUAGGCUUGGAUCUGAGGUUACGGUAGUUGAGUUUGCUGGGGAUAUCGUUCCUUCGAUGGAUGGUGAAAUCCGUAAGCAGUUUCAACGUUCACUUGAGAAGCAAAAGAUGAAGUUCAUGCUCAAGACUAAAGUUGUAUCCGUGGAUUCCUCCUCUGAUGGUGUGAAGCUUACAGUGGAACCGGCAGAAGGAGGAGAGCAGACUAUUCUGGAAGCCGAUGUUGUCCUUGUCUCAGCAGGAAGAACACCGUUCACAUCUGGACUUGAUCUGGAGAAAAUCGGAGUGGAAACUGACAAAGCCGGGAGGAUUCUGGUGAAUGAGAGAUUCUUGAGCAAUGUCCCAGGCGUGUAUGCUAUUGGAGAUGUGAUUCCAGGACCAAUGCUUGCUCACAAAGCCGAAGAAGACGGUGUUGCUUGUGUGGAGUUCAUAGCAGGCAAACACGGUCAUGUGGAUUAUGACAAGGUUCCUGGUGUUGUGUACACGCAUCCUGAGGUUGCUUCGGUUGGUAAAACCGAAGAACAGCUGAAGAAAGAAGGUGUGAGUUACAGGGUUGGAAAAUUCCCGUUUAUGGCAAAUAGCAGAGCUAAGGCCAUUGAUAAUGCAGAAGGAUUGGUUAAGAUUCUGGCUGAUAAGGAGACCGAUAAGAUCUUGGGCGUUCACAUUAUGUCGCCAAACGCUGGAGAACUGAUUCAUGAGGCGGUUCUUGCGAUUAACUACGAUGCAUCAAGUGAAGACAUUGCUCGAGUCUGUCACGCUCAUCCCACUAUGAGUGAGGCGCUGAAGGAAGCUGCCAUGGCCACCUAUGACAAGCCUAUUCACAUCUAAAGGGAAGAAGGACGACCUUAAAGGAGAGAGCCACCUAUGACAAGCCAAAUCGAUAUCUUAACCAGGUUGGAUUUUGGUUCGGUUUACUGUGGUUUAGCCUUCAGUUUGUCCUGUAUUUCUGAUGGAUUUGGAAUGAGCUGAAAGAAGAUGUUACUACUACACUGUUUUAAUUCGUUAAUGUUCUUCAUAUGUUCAGAUUGGGGUUAAGCCUGAUCCUUAAUAAACAUUUUCACGGUAA